UAAAAGAGUUGCAUAGACAGCCCCAACUCGGUACUCUACGUUGGAGCCUGGCGGCGAGGCCACAAAAGCCUCCGUGAUCACCAAUUUCCAUCACUGCUCUCUCUCUCUCUCUCUCUCGGGUGAUUCCGUUUAUUUAUUGUUAUGCUUGUUUUUGGUUUUGGAAUCGAGCUGCGUUCAUGGCUUCCGUUGCGGGAAACGAAUCUGCUAACGGUUCAUCGGGCUCAAAAGAGGCUGAGAGGCUUCCGAUUGAGCCUCUAAGAUUGCCCACGGCCGAGGAAAUACGCGGCCAAGAUAUUUGGAACAACUGCGCUGUGCGCAGUGUGGUUAGCGGAGUCACGGGAGGUGGGCUUGGGCUGUUCAUGGGUAUGUUUCUUGGGGCAUUGGACAACCCUCUAAUGCAGGAGGAAAUGACUGGUAGGCAGCAGUUCAUUUAUACAGCCAAGCAGAUGGGGCGGAGGAGCUGGAGUUCUGCUAAAGCAUUUGCAGUUAUGGGCUUGGUUUUUUCCGCAGCUGAAUGUGUUGUUGAGAAGGCACGGGCAAAGCAUGAUGUUACAAAUACAGUUGUGGCUGGGUGUGUAACUGGAGGUGUAAUCUCGGCAAAAGGUGGUCCACAAGCAGCGUGUGCUGGUUGUGCCGGCUUCGCAGCGUUUUCGGUUCUGAUAGAGAAGUUUCUGGAUAGACAUGAUUGAUUUGGUGCAUUGCUAUACUGCCCCAUUUUUGCAAGCGUUAUUAUUAAAAAAGAAAUUAGGGCUCAUUCAUGAUACCUUAUUUUCAACCUUACUUGAGUAGCAAGAAUCCCCGUUACCGAAGGAAUGCAUUAGGGAAAAUUGAUUGAAGUUUUUAUGAAUUUUGUACCAUUUUGUGUAUUCCUUAUACGCUAGUUACGAUUUGCGGAUGUAUUCGUCAAUCUGAGAGAGUUUUAGUGGUUUGUUAGAUGUUAUAUCCACUGACUUUCACAUCCAAAUAAAUCAAUGAAAAGGAGUUUUCAUUUA